CAAAAUAUGUCAAAUGACCUUGCCAGUUUGUAAACAAUACCUUGAAGAGCAACUUUUGAUACAAAUUAUCUAAUUUCCUUGUUGUUAUUUCACAUAUCGUCAUAGCAUAAUAUUGUACUCGUGUUUUAAUUGAGUUAUGUGCUAGAAUUCGCAAAUAUGAACAUCGAUUUUGAAGCCAUGGCUGUUUUGGAGGAGGAAUCACAGAACGAGUCGCUGGGUGGCGGAGUGUACGGGUCGGUGGGCGCGUCGGGUGCGGAGGGAGGGGAGCGGCGCGAGGGAGGCAAGCGCGGGCGCAGGCCCGGCCGCAAGGCGCAGAUCGACAAACAGGACAUGAAGGCUAAGCUGGCAGAGCGCAGCAGACAGUCGGCGCGGGAAUGUCGGGCGCGCAAGAAGCUGCGGUACCAAUACCUGGAAGAGCUCGUAGCUGAUCGGGAAAGGUCUGUCCUGGCGCUCAGAAAGGAACUGGAUAAGGUUUUAUUACAAGUGGAAUUUGGAGCUAGACCAGGGCAGGAUGCCGGAAGGUCUGGAAGCCGUACUCCAAGAGAUGGGGAUCGUCAAGCAGGAGGAGAGUAAAUCCUUUCUAUCAUAGCUCUUUUAUAUAAAUACCACGUAACGUAACUCUAAGGGAUGAAGAAACGAAGAUUCACAUUGUUCUGGUGUUCACCGUACGUUUCAGUUUAGUAAUUCUUCAAUAUUAUCAAGAUGAAAGCAAAAAUUGGAUUCAAAACUUCAAUAAUUGUGGAAAAAUUAUACGGUCAAAAACUAUAUGAAUAAGUCCGUUACAACGUUGAUACAUCCAUUAAAACUCGAAAAGAAAAAAAUAUUAUCAAAACCAAUCUCAUCAAAAUUUGAAAACUAUGCCAGAUUUAAAAUCAGAAAAAAACAUCAAGCAAUCAAGAUAGGCAUAACGAGGACAAGACGCAAUACUUCGACAAUGGCGUUAGACCUAGUCUUAUGGGUUUACUUGAGCUUUUAAUACCAUCGCAUCCAUCUCAUAACUGUCUGAAGCGGUACACAGAAUGCCUAAAAAUUGAGCACUUAUUCUUCUCAAUACAUUAAAAGUCAAACCAGUUCGAAUACUAAUUUUAUCCCUUCUUUGUACCGCUCGACUUCAGGACUUAAUCCAAAGAGAUUAAAGCUCAAUUUUGCUUGUUUAGACUCUGUUCUGCACCUGGUUUUUGCUACUACAACCCGCUGCACUGCCUAUCUUGUCCACAUUUUGCUUCGUCUACGCAGAGCUAGAAUUUUCAAUAUUAUAUCUGUAUGAAAUGUAAAAUGACCUAACCUAUCUAAUAAUCACGUUGAAUAUAUAAACAGUAAAUAAAAGUUUUUUACAAGCAAUCAAAGGAUCAGCGUCAUGGGGAUAAAAUGCAGAGUUUUUCUUUUAGUCUUUGCUGUCUGCAGAGCUAAGCUUAGCCAUAUAUAACUGGUUGAACGGAACAAUUGGGGCCUUGUUUGUUUUUCAAAUUACAGUACUCUAUCACCAGAACGUUUCAACUUUUCUACCGUUUUCUCAUAUCAUAAACAGAAAUUCAGCCAUGGGGUUAAAAUGCAGAGUUUUCUAAAAAGAUCAUGGAGCUUUCUGCAGAGUUUAACUGAACUAAGCAAACUUAAUUAUACUACUGAUUGAACGGUAUAUGAAAAUCUUGAGCUGUUUCACAUAUAAGUACUUACAAAAUACCUGUACGCCACGCUAUCAAAUUUUCUUUGUACCGAUCAAUCAUCAGGACUUUUGAAAGAUGGACAGUCAGUCAGGCAGACGUGGCUGAUGUCUAUGAUAUGUAAGAAAACAAUUACUGUAGUACAUCUUCGGGAUUGUAACUAGCGUCAAAGGGGGAAAAAUGCAGUUUUCUACCAAGUUCUGGGAAAUUGCUGCAGAGUUAAGCUGAGCUAGACAGUGUUAUUUACUUAAAUAACUGUUUAAAUAGUACAGGAAGAGUUGUGAACAUGUUUCUAAAUAAAGUACAAUGUUACCAGUACGCUACUGUUUAAACUUUUCUUUUUACCUUUUAAUACAAGGGCUAAUAUUCAUAAUCUCUUUAGCUCAACUUGGCUCAGUUUGAUUACCUUCCCCUUUUUCAGUUUGGGUGUAGGUCAGUGCCCCAGCCUAGUCUCUCUUAAAUAUUUUUUUUCUCCAUGUCACUCAUCUUUUUUGCAUACAUUUUGUCUUUUUACGUCCAUACAUUUUUACUGGAAUUGAAAAUAUAUUAGAUGGCAUAUUUAGUGUUUGGAAUGCUUAUAAAAGUUUGUGUUUACUUGAUGGUGAACAUGAUGAUAGUGUGAAUCGAAAGAAAUUGGCUAAUUAAGUAUUUUGUUAAAUUAGUUACGUUGGUUUCAAAAACACAAUUUGAUUUGUUGUUCGGCCAAAAUAGUUUAACGAUUAUAUUUUAUUCGUUUGCAAAAUUUCCAAAGUUUGAACGGUUAUGUUUUUGGUUAUUUUAGAUUUUAUAAUAUUUUCUUAUAGUUAUAAACACUGCGUCAUAGUUCGAAAUCGAAUUUAUAAGGCAUAAAAUGUCGAUUUAGUUUUUAUUAUGUCGUGAUUAUUUUGGUAAGAGCUAAGGAAAGGUGUGUUUGCGUAACUUUGAAUAUAAUUAUUUUUCUAUAGAUAUUUUUAGGCGACUAUUUUUAUAUGGCUGUUUCCUAAAUAUUAACAUUAAGGGGAGGUCCUUUUAAGAAGUGUAUAUAUUAAUCCUUUGCAAUGUUGGAAUUGUUUAAAAGUUGUUAUAUAAAGCGUGUUUGAUUUAUUUUUUUUGGUGAUCUUGGUUUUAGGAUGUACAAUUCUUUUUAAUAGUUUUUAGGUGUUGAAAGUUUGAACAAUUAUUUUUAAUUUAAGUUUUAUUGUCUUGCGUUUAUAAUAAAAAAAAAACGAAUACAGUCAACAACUUUCAUAGUAAGCGAAGAAAACCAGGACAUCUCUUGAUCUAAGAAAAAUAUAAUAUUAUUUUUUAACUUUAACUGAAUGCAUGAAACGUUUAUUUUCCAAACAUUUUAAUUUAAAGUACGAUUGUGAUUAGGCUAGAAGCCUUAGUUAAUAAGAUAGGCUUAUAAUACGCGUUACGAAUAUAGUGUAAGGUCAAAUAAAUUGAGAGGAACUCGAACACAGGAUAUACCUAUAGAUGGGUUUUAAUUGAUAAGAUAUUUUAGAAUUAAUAGGUUUAUAAUUAAGAUAUUUUGUUUGGAGUUAACGUAAUUUUUAUUUUUACCUUUUAUGAAUCCACGAUCGAUUACAAUAAUUACGUAGAAUAAAUCAAAAUAAUGCCUGAAGAAGGUUUUAGCAAUAAGGAAUAUAUUAAGGUCUUAAUUUUAACUCAACAUUUUUCGUUUAUUAUUGAGGAACUCGCAGACAGGAUAUAAAUAAAAUAUUCUUUUAAAUAUUAAGAUAAUUAAUCAGGUUAAAAAAAACAUACCGAUCGUACAGACGUAAUUAAAUUUUUGUGUCCUAAAAUCAGAUUAGAAUUAGGAGUUAAAAUAAUAAAUUAGUACCUAACUAGAGUCGUGAGUGGGAAUGUUGUGUGAAAUAAAGUGAGUGAGUGAGAAGGAGAAAGAAAGAGAGUAUGUGUGCGUUUGCAAAAUUUAAGAUUAAAAUUCUAAAUGUGAGUUUGCACUAAAUAGGCUUGAACAUACAUUGUAACUGUUCAAUCAGGGUUGAAGGUGGUGAAAUCACGCUCCUAUUUCCAAAAGGUUCAAUAUUUCGAAUUGAUUCACCUACAUUGCUAUUAACAGUACUUGGAGCAUUCCAAUUCUACCCGACUUUUGAUUCGAACAUAGGACCACUUUUUAAACAGUCAAGUAUGUAAUUACCUACAAACACAAACACAGCAGGAACGUUUUUUACCACCAUGAAAGAAUUUAGAAUAAGAAAAACAUGUAAGAACCUGAUAAUUAAUAAUGUUUGUCUAAAUUGAACGAAAAAUGUUGCUAAAUCAAAAAACAGCAACUUAAUUACUCAAGAACGGAUGAGCCCGUUUUGAUGAAAGUGUAAGUAUCUAAGUCAUUAAAUACCUUUGGCUAACAAGUUUUCAACUAAAAAAAAACCGCAUCCAAAUCAAUUCAUCCGUUUAAGAGCUAUUCGGUAUCACAGAUAGACUCACGUAACGGUGGAACCCAUGUGUCAAAUUAAUAACACCCCACUUUUUCGUCGAUGGUUAAAAAUAAUGAUAUAGCGUUUUUCUGUUUGCAAAAAAUCAGACAUACAUUCUUUUUGAAAAUCUUAGACACACACACAAAAUAAAAUACUUUCUACAUACCAGUUUCAAGACAUGUUGAGGUUUUUUGGUGCAAACUCACAUCAACAGAGUAUGAUAAGUACCUAAAUUCGAAAAAGUAAUUUUGGCUGUGUGUAUGAAAUAUAUUCUAAAGCUUGUUUCAACAAAGAGUAAAAUAAAAGGUUGUGCGUACUUUUAUAGAAACAAUAGUUGUUUUAAAAAUAUAUUUUAUUUAAAAUUAACCGUUCUAUAUAAUAUUUUCAUACUUUAAUAUAAAUAAGUAAAAAUCUGGUUUUCAUUACCUACGUGUUUUUGAUAGUUUUGUGUUAUGCCAACCUUUUUAUGCAAUUUUCUCAUCGAUUAUCCAUGCUUUUUCAUCUGCAAAGGUCAGUUUAUCAUUAUAAAUUACGACUAUGGUAAAUAUAUCUAUAAAAGUACGCACACUAACAAAAUAUGAUUAGCACAUAGAGCCUUAUAAUUUUAUGGUCACUUUUACCUAGUAAAUAGUUUGUUUAAUAAUUUUAUUUAAGCAUUAUGGUUAAAGUCGUAAACGGCUACUCGUCAAGUGAGUGAUAAAAUCAUAGAGUUUUUACUUUACGCGCCAAAACAAGAUGGCGUCUUAUUAUUACCCAGUCUUUACACUUUUAAGUGGCUUCCGUGAAAAUUACGUAACUUACGUAAAUUGUUCUAAGAAACUACUGUUAGCGACUAACGCAAGGGUGUUAUAAUUUUAAAUUUAUCGUAAGUUACGUGAGAAAAACUUACUAGUGUAUAGCCGGCCUUAUGUAUGCUGAGAGUUGUACAUAAAUAACAGAUUUAAUACGUAGAUGCUGUACAAUUUAGGUUGAGUUCGCAUUUUUAUAUAAUUAUAAUUUUACAGUUAAAAUUAUACAUUUUAUUCGAUUAUUCGGAGUCCACGCACAGCUUAGAGCUCAAUAAAUAAAAUAUGUACAUUUGAAUAAUUAAGUAAAAUUAAGAUUAUAAUAUAAAAAAUAGGAAUCUGGUUAAAAAAAGCCGUAACUCAAAUCACUGAAAUAACACAUUGAAAUCUAAAUUUUAGUUUAUUACAUAUUUUAUUUUUAGUGGGUAUAUAAUACCAUUUAAAAUAUUAUAUUUAGGUUUUGUUUAUUUUUACGAAAUCACACUCUUUACCGGUCAAUUAUUAGUUUUAAUUUGAUUUAGUUUUCGAUAAAUAUAAUUUGAAGUGGCUGAAUAGUCUUAUCCUAGUACGCUUUUAUUUUAUAAUCUAUGUAUUAAAUCAGGAAUGGGCUCGACUUAUAUAAAUUAUUGUUGAAAUGUAAUCUACAGCUUUUUAUGCCACAAAAAAGUACCGAGCAUAGUGUGCACUAGAUUUAGAACAAUAACUUUGUUCUACACCAUGGUUUAUACCUAAGUACUAAAGCCGGUACUUUCUAGGACCACGUUUUGCAAUAAUGUGGAUUCAGUUUUAUCUCCCAAGUUGAUGUCUAGUCUACACUGCUUGCAAUAAAGUGGGGCUACUAACAUUUACCUCUAUAUGAAAAACAAAACAUGGAACUAUUUUUAGACCCAAACAACAUAAAAAUAUAGAAUCACCGAGAUAACUAUAAUAACUUCAAACUGAAAUAAAACUUAACUGAAGUAAAUAAUAGUCGGUACUUAAUAAAAUUGCACUUUUUUUCAACAAGUUACAUGCCUAUUUUCUUAUACAGAGAUACCGAAAGUCAAAAGUUUUGGUGUCUUGACAUAGAGUAUUUAAUUUGAUGCAUUCUAUUUCUCACAUUUUAUUUUUGUAUAAAAAUAGGGAUCUGAGCUCAUUCCUGAUGAACUGGUGAAUAAUUUAGUUUACUACUUUAAUAUGUCGGCAAUCCGCCUUAGGUUUAUAUAUUAUCUUAGUUUUCAUAACACAUACAAAUUACUUCCAUUGGUCAUCUGCGAACAAUUUAAUUCGUUUCUUAGUUUUAUGCAUCCUAAGUAAGAUUCUAUUAAGAUAAUAUCUAUAAGUUCUCAUACAACUAUUAAAAAACGCAACAGAUUCUAAAAUAAUUUUUAAAUAUCAUAACGAUGAAAUAUUUUAAGUUAGGUAAAACCGUUUUUUAUUUAGGGAUGUGCAAAAACAUUUUUAUUUUAUUUUACAUAUAUCAAGAUUCAUUCUGUAGUUACUUUUAAUCAAAACAUUUCUGUCCAACAAAACGUUGCACUGUGGUUCAAACAGAGUGAUUUGCAAAAUCGAAAUGAAAAAAAAAAAUACUUCAUACAACCAAAAGGAAAUCCACCUCAAUUAGGUUAUAAGAAUUCUCAUACACGAUAUACAAAAUACAGUCAAGAAAUUCCGAAAUAAAAUGAAAAUCCGAUAGUACAGUUUCGACAAAAUAAAUUCUAAAAAAGUUUCAAAAUUACCAAAACAGCGAUAAUUGCGCGAUGAACAUAUACAUUAUAUAUUAUGUUAUAUUAUGUUUCUUCAAAUAACAAUUUGUUUAUCAAAGUAUUUAUUGUAACUGGUGCAGAACCGUUUAACAAUAUAUGCCAUUCAAAACAUUCAAAAUCAUCAUCAUAUUAUUAUUUUAUUUUUGUCAAAAUUUUAGUUUAUGUAUUCAUCAUCAUCAUCAAAUUAUUAUCAAGUGUAUAAAUCUUUAUUUAUAAAAAAAAAAACAUUAUAUUAUUACUCGAUUUAUAAUUAAAAUAUGUUUUGAUUCGUUUUAAGUAUUGUGUUUUAUUUUAUUUUUCCACAUGUUUAUAAUAAUAUGUUGUGCAAUAACAGGCGGUAGAUUAUUUGUUAUAUAAACUAUUUAGGUCCUUACUAAUAAAUCACUAUUUUACAGAAACCCGGAGAUAAAUUAAAAUGAUUUUUUCCAUCCAAAGAAUAGGGUUAAAUAUUGUUUAACGGAGAACUUCUUAAUGUAGCUAAUACUAUCUUUGAAUUUGGACUCAUUUCAAACAACACAACAUGAAAACUGAUAUUUUCACGGUUGUAUGAAGAAUAUCGUGUAUGGGACUUAAUGAUAAGAAUUAUCAUAAGCUAGCAUAAGUACAUACUAUAAGUUUCAUUAUACAAAGUGUGUCAAACCCAAUCAGAUGACAAUACUGAAUUAUAUACCUACGUCGAUUAACACAAAGAAAAACUUAAAGGAAAUUCUUUUUCGAACAAAGUAAAUCAAAUAAUAAUACCUAUGCGCUAAACCAAUUUUAACGAGUCAAUCAUUCACACAACGGUAUUUUCCUUUGAACACUGUCAGCUGCGCAGAUCAUUCGGUACCUAUUAUACUUUUUCUCUGCUUUACACAUGAUAUUAGUAAUAAAUUAUGAAAACAAAAAAAAAUCUUCUGGCCACCGCUGAACGGAGUAAGUCAAAAUUUUUACAAUACUGUAGUUUCCAAGGAGUCAAAUUCAUUACUUUUACUGAACUGUCAAAAACGGUUACUUUCAAUGCAAUUUGUAUAAAAAAGUGUAUUAUGCGGUCACAGAUUUUUCACAUCAAACUCGUACUUAUUAAGAUUAUACCUAAUAUCAAUAUAAAAAUAAAUCAAUUAUUCUAUCAAACCGAUAAAUGAAAGUAAUAUUAACAAAUGAAUUUGACCAUGUAAUUUAUUUUUGACCUAGUUAACUACCUACCCAAUUCAAUUUCAUAGAAUUCAAUGUAAUAGAAUAUCAUCAAUACUAAUAUUAUAAAGUUGAAGAGUUUGUUUGUUUGAACGCGCUAAUCUCAGGAACUAUUGGUUUGAUUUGAAAAAUUCUUUCAGUUUUAGAUAGCCCAUUUAUCGAGGAAGGCUAUGGAAUAAGCUAUAACUUUUUAUCCGUGCAGAGGUUCCCACAGGAAACUGCUGGCAGAAGUUAGUAAAGUAUACUUUAUGUGAUUAGGUUUGACACACCCGAUAUACGGCUGCAUUAUAACCAGGUAGAUCUCAUCAACUUCAAAACCAACCGCUAAUAUUAUCUUACCUAUAAAAUAACUAACUUAAUUAGAAUUAUCGAAGUAUACCUGUAUUUAAUAAAAACUAAGGAGUUUGGGAAUAAUGAAAUAAAUGGGAACGUUUAGAGUAAUUGGCGUUAAACACAAGCAAUACUGUAUAUAAAAAUGCUAAGAUGUAACCGCCAAAUUACAAUAGAUAGAUGUAAUAAAUAAAUAGCAUAUACGACAUAGGCGUAAGUCAUUAGGUACAUAGGUGUUUGUCGUGUUAAUUAAUAAAAUUCCAUUAAAUUCAUGGAAAUGUUUACCAUUUUCAAUUAUCUUGUUAGAGCUACAAAACCGGCAAUUAAUAUUGCGAUUUAGCAUUACCAGCUGUGAAAAUUUUACAUAAGCAAACAAAAUAAACGCUAUAUCUGAAAAUAAGUGAAAAUCAAACAAAAAAUAUCUAAUAUUAAUGAAAACUAUAUAUUUUCAUUAAGUAGGUCAGCACCUUAGACUAUUGUAUUAAAGCUACAAGCAAUAUUUGCAAGCAAUCUAAUUUCUUAUUAAAUAAAUUAUAGAUGAUGUUUCAUUUAAUUAAAAAAUGAUUAAGUAAUACUUCUUAUGAAAAACAAUCAAUACUAAACUUAAUCUUCAUCAUCAUAAGCAAUUAAUAGCAGGGAUCAAAUCAUCAAAAAAAUGUAAAGCAAAUCAAUAUUACUUAUAUAUUUAAUUAAAACAAUAGGAACUUUGGGCCUUUGUCGCUUACAUCAAUAGUGACUGAAUUAUGAACCAAAUUAAUAACUGAUCAAUAUUUAACAUAAGUAUAUAAGAUCUACUGCUGUUUAACUAAAUAAGUCCUUGUAGAUUGAGGCAUUAGUUUCUACCACUCCAGAUUGACUACCAUAUCUGUGCUGUGGUUUCUACUAAUAAUAUAAAUCAUUUACUAAGAAAACAAUUUUUUUUUCUUAAAAAUCGACUUCAAUAAUAUACUUAAAACUUUCCCCUAAGUGUGACAAAUACUAUGCUGAAAAUCUCAUUAAAAUCGACUCACCCAAACGUGAGAUAAUCGCGCACAGACUUACCUACUUUGAGGUCAAACUGAGAACCUCCAUUUGAAGUCGGUUAAACGUGUGUUAUUGUGUUGAAUUUUGUAGCUCCAACUCAACAUUGAAAAACCAUUGAUCUCACCUUCGAUUCGUAUGAAAUUCAUGACUUUUUCAUAAUCAUACUGACAAUUAAUUUCUUCAUUAAAAAUCAUGACAUUGCAAACUUCAAAUCAGUUUAAAAAUAGAUUAAGUCUGUAAAUAUAAUAAGCGCGUUGAAACGACAAAAUUGGGAUGAAAGAAACUACAUAGUGUAAUAUUUAAGUCCUUAUAUCUAUGGUUAGUUUUAGAGAAUAGUCUACCAAAUUACAUUUAUUUAGAUUUAUAAGAAAACUGUUCCAUCGUUGCCUAUAUGUUAGGAUUAUGUUAGUUUAAGUCAGACUUUCGUAUAUAUUUCAUAAGUAUCUAUAUUUUUAAUUGGGCCACAUAAAGGACGAUAGAAGUAAAGACAUGUGUCAAGAUGUUACUUAAUAGAAAUGAAAGGUGCUAAAUUUCGGAUAUAUAUAAUAUCCUUUACAAACACAAAAUUGCAAUUAUUAUCUGAAUAAUAACCAGGUUUCAUUUCAAAAUUAUGUAACUAACCACGCCAAAUAAAAUAAAAAUUUGAAUGGCUGAAAUGAUUUUUAAAAUUAAAAAUUCCUUUCCUUUUAUGCCAUUCAUUCUAAACAGCUCGUGAACACUCAAGGCAAAAUCCUAACUAGUACAUGUUUGCCACGAUAUAGCCAAGUGACUGAACAUUUAAAGCCAUUAUCAUAUACCUACGUACGUCAUGAGAACUAAUGAAAUCAAAUUAAAUAGCAUUUAUUCAAAGUAACCAAAAUUAUAUAGAUAAACCCAAACCGCCCAUCGUUCACCGUAUCCUAUGUCUUGUUACUGGGAAGAAUAAGUGAUAACCUCUCUUUCCAAACCUUAAUUAGUUCCUUAAGUUUGCAUAGAGUACAUAAGGCACUCGUUUUUAGGUUGACCGUUUCCUAAAGGGCAAAUAAAACAUAUUUCCUGCGGACAACAUAGCGUUGCGAUCUUUUGACACGCAAAGGUAUUGAAAAAUAGCCACGACCAAUUCGAGAACGUCAAAUUUUUUAAGUCCCUUUAAAAACCGUAUGUCCUUUUUGUAGCCCAAAUAUAAAAAUAAGUUCCAUUUUAUUAUUGAAAUCUAGUUUUAAAUUCAUUCGUGUAAAUUACAGUGGGAGUUGUCGUCAAUUUGUUCCAAUGCGCAGUAUAUUUUUUAAGUUUAAUUUACCUAAAUCAGCAUAACUUAGGUUAGUUCGGAUUAAUAACGUAAGAGGACGGCUAAAAAUGUUCUACUAGUUUGUAAGUUUGUGUGUUAGUGAUAAAACAGUCAACAGCAUA